AUGUCCUUGUAGGGUUUAGGGUUUAUGAUUCAACAAUUUCUGAGACAGAGUUUGGGAACGAACCCAAAUCAAGCUGAAGUAAAGUUGAUUGGAUGCGGUGGUCGAUCGCGACUGCGAUUGCUUCAACGGCUAAGGGGUUUCUUCAUCUUCAUCGGCAUUUGCUGAAGAACAGUGAUCCUGGGUUUGCUCUUGCUCCGUCGCUGAGACUUUGCGGUUUCCGUCUCUGGGUACGAGCUUAUUCUGGUGCUAAUACUGAUUAUAAAGUGGUAUUGAGAAGUGGGCUUCACAAUCUUGACUGCGAAGAUGCGUUUAAUUUGUUCGUGCUCAUGGUUGAGUCUUACCCCCUUCCUUCCAUUGUUGAAUUCAAUAAAGUAUUGACUGCUAUUGCCAAGAUGAAGAGGUACGAUGUUGUCAUUACUCUCUGGAAUUGUGUUGAGAAUACUGAAAACUUGGAAAUUUCCCCUGAUCUUUAUACCUGCAACAUUCUGGUGAAUUGUUUCUGCCGCUGCUUACAACCCUCUUUGGCUUUAUCUUACCUUGGGAAGAUGAUGAAACUUGGUAUUGAGCCUGACAUUGUAACGGCUAGCUCGCUGGUCAAUGGAUUCUGUCUGGGGAAUAGUAUUAGAGACGCUGUUUAUGUGGCCGAGCAAAUGGAGCGAAUGGGAGUUAAUAACGAUGUAGUUGUCUACACCAUACUCAUUGAUACUCUUUGCAAAUUGAGGCUUGUGGAUAGAGCGCUGGAGCUUUUCAAACGUAUGAAAAACAGAGGAAUUGGACCCAAUGUUGUUACCUACAGCUCUCUCAUUACUGGCCUUUGUAAUGCCGGUAGAUUGACUGACGCCGAGGGACUACUGCUCGAAAUGAACUCCGGAAAAGUCAACCCUAAUGUGUUCACUUUCAGUGCAUUAAUCCAUGCUUAUGGGAAACGUGAGAAGCCUUCCAAGGUUGAUGGUGUGUGCGACAAGAUGGUCCAAAUGUCUAUAGAUCCUAAUGUUUUCACUUACAGUUCACUUAUCUAUGGGCGUUGCAAGGAAGGUCGGGUAGAUGAGGCCAGAAAAUUGCUCGACACGAUGAGAAGCAAUGGGUGCUCCCCUAAUGUAGUCACUUACAGUACUCUUGCAAAUGGAUUUUUCAAGUCGGCGAGGCUACGUGAUGGGAUUAACAUUUUAUAUGAGAUGUCUCAAAGAGGCGUGGCCGAAAACACAGUCUCUUGCAACACUCUUAUCCAGGGUUAUUUUCAAGCGGGUGAGAUAGAUCUUGCUCUGGGCGUUUUUGGAACAAUGGCUUCUAAUGGUCUGCCUCCCAAUAUUAGGAGCUACAACAUUGUGUUAGCUGGUUUAUUUGCUAAUGGGGAGGCAAGGAAAGCAUUGAAAAGAUUCGAACAUAUGCAAAAGAGUAGAAAUGAUCUUGAUAUUAUCACAUAUACUAUCAUGAUUCAUGGGAUGUGCAAGGCUUGUAUGGUGGAAGAAGCAUAUGAUUUGUUCUGUAAGCUCAAGUUCAAAGGAGUUGAGCCUGAUUGUGCAGCAUACACGACAAUGAUCUCAGGAUUGAAUAGGGACGGGAUGCGAACCGAAGCAAAUGCACUGAAUAUAUUUUAUCAAAACGCACGUGCAUUGAAACGAAAGCGCAUCAGCUGAAGUAUACUAGGGGAUUUUUCUUGAGAGACAUAUGUGGACUCCGGCUUGCAAGACAUCUCUCUUCAGGCUCCCUCUUAUUGGAUGCCCGCUCCUGGAAAGAAGAACACAAAUCUUUUUGAUGGAAGCCAGUGUAUCAAAGAACAACAAUGUGGGAAGAGAACUCAAACGCAAAGUUGAACAAUGAGCUGAACGGAAACCGAAUCUGACUGGUGAUUUCAAAUCCACAUGACAGGGUCUUAGGAUCGUGAGAUAUCCUGGAGUAUUUGGUUUCCAAACUGCAACUGGAUACUAGCGGAUGAGCUACUUGGAAUGUAGAUUGAACUGUUUCACCUGCUCUAAUGCAAGCAAAUAUGUAUUUGGGAAUCAUCGCAUGUAGCCCAUACCACAAACAUGUUCCUUAACAUGCUACAUUCUGUCUUCUGCUAACUUAUGAUGUUUCUGUGUUGUAUUUCUUAGAAAUGCUUUACCAAUGAUCACUUAGGUUGCUUGGUGUUAUUUGAAUCAAGCUUCCAUAAUGUUGUAAAAGCACAACAUUUUCCCACUAUAUCGUGGAAGUGUAAUUAGUUAAAAUGCUCUUUUGAUGUUA